UUGGUUAUACACAUCAAGUGACUGACCACAGUAGAUCUAUUUUUUUGUUAAUCUCCAAUAAAUAAAAUAAAUUAAAAGAAAUAUUAAAAAUGCCUGUUGAUCUUAUUGGUUACCUCUAUGCCGCCACUGUAGCUGGCGGUGGUGUUAUGGGCUACGUUAAAGCAGGUUCAUUGCCCUCCUUGGCUGCCGGUUUAGCUUUCGGCGCCAUACUUGGUUUCGGAGCCCACUUGAACUCCCAAGAACCACCACGUCCUUUGUUGCAAUUGAGCACCUCAUUGGCUUUGGCUGGCAUGAUGGGCGCUAGAUGGAAUCGUUCCGGCAAAAUGAUGCCAGCCGGCAUGAUUUGUAUUAUAUCAGUUGCUGCCUUGAUAAGAAAUGUUGUCACCUACAAUAGGUAUUUACCGCUGCCGGGCAGGAAUUAAAGAGAUUUUCGAUAUAAUUGAUUACCAUAAAAUUGUUUUUCCAUUUGAAUUAUGUAUACUGUGUGGUUGAGGGUCAAAGAUCUGCUUUUUUAUAUAUAAAAAAUACUUAUGUUGCUAUUUGGCAAAUUAAAAUAUAGACACUUGAAUUAAGGUCGUAAUAAA